UUUAAUUUUUGAAACCUCGCUGAGAUAAAAUCGCUCCAGCUUUAAGUACCUCAAUUUUUAUCUCAGUCGUGCCGCACUCAAAACCGGUCAAAAUACUCAAAAAAUCCCAAAAUAAAACCAAUCCUCACUCGAGUAAGUCCAAUCAGAAUGAUGCGAAAUUUGAUAACAAUCGCCCUGUGCGCGAUUUGCUUCGGCCAGGCGUAUGCAGCUACAGACAAGAUAAUUUGUUACUACGCCAGUUGGGCUGUGACCCGUGAGGGCAAUGGUAAAUUCGUCCCAGAGGACAUCGACCCAACCCUUUGCACCCACAUCAACUAUGCCUUCGCUGGGUUAAACUCGGACGGUACCAUCAAAGUCGAAGACGAAGAAAACAACGUCAAGCAAGGGGGUUUUAAACGCGUCAGCGAUUUGAAAAAAAUCAACCCGAAUCUGAAAGUGUUGCUAAGUCUGGGAGGGGCAGCUGCUGGGACAGACGCCUUCAUUUCGAUCUCACAAGACGCCCAGAAGCAGCAAGCCAUGGCGAAAAGCGCGAUCGAGUUUUUCCAAACUUAUAAUUUUGAUGGGUUGGACGUGGACUGGGAGUACCCAUAUGGUAAAGAAGCCUUCAAUGCUCUUUUAACCGCUUUGAGCGAGGCUUUCAAACCUGGGGGCUACCUCCUGACGGCUGCGGUCAACUCAAUCCCGUCAGAAGUUGGCGGUUAUGACAUACCAACAAUGUCCAAGGUUUUGGACUUAAUUAACAUCAUGACUUAUGAUUUCCACGCCAUGUGGGUUGGCUACACUGCCGAAAACUCCCCGCUUUACGGCGGAGUGAACGAAAGCGAUUGGAUGCGUGAAAAUCGCAACACCGACGGUGCCAUCACCCAAUGGGUCAAUGGUGGUGCGGACCCACAGAAGGUCGUGCUAGGGAUCGCCUUCUACGGGCACUCUUACAUCCUAACAAACCCAGGAGACCAUGGCUUGAAUGCGCCAUCAAGUGCGCCGGGAAAUCCAGGACCGUACACCGAUAAUUUAGGGACUUUGGGCUAUAACGAGAUUUGUGAGUUUCACAAGAGUGGGACUGUGGAGUUUCUGGAUGAUAUGAAUGUACCCUAUUUGUACGAUGGCGAUUUUUGGAUCGGUUACGACAAUGAAGAGUCGAUCAAAUACAAGGUCCAAUACGCGAAAGAGAAGAAUUUGGCCGGGGUUUUCGUGUGGUCGAUUGAAACCGACGAUAUGCACGAGUUUUGUGGCGAGAAGAACGGACUUUUGAAGGCUGUUAAUAAAGAAAUGAAAUAAUAAAAAGUUGAUUUCAAAA